AUGCCAAAGGUCAAGACCUACUCGGCAGCUUGGCUGUCGAAAAACGCCCCCGGCAACCAGCUCUUUGAGCCCUCGGCCGAAUUCCUUCGAUCCAGAGCCCUGUCACCGGCCAAGAAGAAGCAGGUUCCCGGGCCCAGGAGGACGAUUGCUCGACGCGGAACGGAAGUCUUCGUUGCUGUGGGAAGGGAGAUCCGAUGGGGUGAUCUGGUCUACCUCAAGGAAGAAUGGACGGACAAGCAAUCGCGGAGGAGGAGCAGCGUGGGCGUUCGAGUGAAGCGCGAGGACGAUACUUUACAGUCGAUUGAUACGGAUGCUACUGAUAUGGGGGCCGGAUGGAGGAUAAUCAAAACCCCAGUGGCCGACGACAUCAGGCAGCUCAUCAUCUCGCCCAAUACCAAUCUUCUGGCGAUUCUCACGACACACACUGUUCACAUCUGCGCACUGCCCGACUCAUCUCACCUCACGAGCGAUGACAUUAGCCCGCUGAAGCCCAAAACAUACACGCUUGGGCCCACGACACACGUCACAUCCCGCUCUGCCAUUGUGUCCGCCCUAUGGCACCCUCUGGGAGUUAACGGCUCUUGCAUUGUGACCGUCACAGCCGACGCAACAGUCCGCGUGUGGGAGCUUUCGACGCAGGACCGCUGGUCGUUUGACUCUCCGACGACGUCGAUAGACCUCAAAAAGUUGGCGGAUGGCACAAACGUGGACCAGGACUUUUCUGCGUCGGUGUCAGCCACCAGCAAAGCCUUCUCGCCCGAUGAGUUUGAGAUGGAGGUGGCCGCAGCAAGCUUCGCGACUAAGGGAUCCGGCGGCUGGAAUCCGAUGACACUGUGGGUUGCCAUGCGCGAGGGUGAUGUGUAUGCGCUGAGCCCCCUUCUGCCACAGCGAUGGGCACCACCGCCAACGCUGAUUCCUUCUCUUUCGGUGUCCAUCGUUACCACCGUUGGUGCCAUCGAGGACGACCCCAGCGUAGACGACAAGGAAAAGCUCCUGGCUCAGCAGCAGCUUCAAUGGAUCGGCGAGAUUGACUCCCAAGAACCUCAGAUCAUAGAUUCUGUCAUUCCAGGGGAACCUGCUCUCGAAGUCUACACCAGACCCUCGCGGCCCGGCGCCAUCCCUCGCCUCCAGGGACCUUUUGACCUACUGUCGAGCCCGGAAACAGGAGAUGACUUGGAUAGCUCCAUCACAGACAUCCUGGUCAUUGGAAAGAAGACGGAGACGGAAGACCUUAUGCUGGGCGAGGAAGACGAGCUGGACUUUGACAACGGAGACCAGGAAGGCCUCUCGCUAACCAUCAUUUGCUUGUUAUCCACGAGUGGCCAGGUCCGUGUGUACUUGGACACAGACGGAGUCCAGGCCCAGUGGCUACCUCCCAAAAGCAAGAGCAGGCUUAGCCGCGUAUUGAAUGCUGCUGACGCAGAAGCCCCUACUCUUCUGGCGUUCCAAGCCAUUGACACCAUGACCCCAGUCGAGGUCAACGAGGGUAGCUGGCCAGUCUUUAGCACGGACGUCGUUUCACGAUACAACUUUUUCGUCACUCACCACGCGGCCAUUACAUUCAUUUCUCUCGCUCCUUGGAUUUUCAGGCUUGAGAGCGAGCUGCGUGGCGACCAUGAAGCCGGCACCGACUUCCGCAUUGGUCUCCUGGUCAACUCACAGUCCACCAGAGAUAGGGUAUACGCACAGCAGGCGGCAGAUGUCGGAAUCCCACUAGCAGCCUGCGUUGCCAUCCGAGAUCCCGACCUUGGCUACUUCCUCCUUUCGGCGACGCCUUACGAACCCAUUGCGCUUACAUUUGAAACACCCGACGACGAACAGGUCACCAUACGACAGGAGAGCCCCGUCCGUGAGCGUGAGAUGAGCAUGGCACCUUUGGACUUUUACGAACCUCGACCAGUGUACAAUCCUCCGCAUACCUUUAGCGAAUCGUCCAUUUUGCCAGAGCUGCUGGAGCGCCUUCGCACAUCUCGCCACAAGACCAUUGUCAACCAGGAGGUGAAACUCAGCCCACUAACGCUGUCCAUUUUCACCGACGCACACAAGGUUCUAAGUGAUGAGACAUACCGACUGGGUGUGGCAGCGGCCGAAGUCUUUCGCCGUUGCGAACUAUUACAAGCGGAGCUACGGCAGCAGGUCAGGAAGGCAAACGAGGUCAAGGGCAAGAUUGACACCAUCAACGGAUCUCAUAGAGAGGAUAACGAGCCGGAUAACAAAAUGUAUGAGAGGCGGAUUUAUGAGGCCAAGGAGCGACAGGAGAGACUGACACGGCGGAUGGAGGACCUGCGAAAGAUGGUCAGCAAGACCACUUCGCGUGAACUCAGCGCCAAGGAGCGAGCGUUUGUUGAGGAGGUCAAGGCGAUGGAGGCCAGCGUAUCUGGACCAGCUCCCGGGGCUGAAGUCGGGACUAGAAACCAGGCCAAACAGCUAUGGAGGCGGCUGGAAGAGGUCAAGAGAUUGCAGGCAGAGCUGGUGGCCGAGGGCGAGGCCCUCAAAACGGCGAGCGGCACCUCGUCCCCGGCUAGCAGCGUGGAGCUGCGUAUCCCCCAAGACAUACGACGCAGCAAGCUGCAGCAAGUGCAAGGGCUAUUGUCCCGAGAGUCUGCGCUAGUUGAAGCCGUAACGUCACGACUGGAGCGGCUCCAAGCCAGCUUGUAA